UAAACAUGAAUAAGCAGAACAGCUGAGCAAAAAGCAGGUUCAUGCCUGGCGCCUUCCAGGCUUCUUUUCGCUCUGUGCUCAUCUGCUUGUGCAACCGCAGCUCCAUUCUCCCGCUGCCUGGAGAGGAGGAAGGAGCAGCCCCUGCUGCCGAGGUGCUUCCAGCUCUCCACAAGCGUGCGAGACACAGCGUUCCCAAGGCCGGCUCGCUGCAGCUGAGGAGACAGCACUCAUAGACCCUCCUUUGAUUAGGAUGUGUCCGUGUUGUCAGGGCAACUGUUAACAGCGGCGUAUCAUAUUUUCUCCUCUUGUACUGUGUGCUGAAUAUUUUAGUGUGCUGUAGCUGGAAGAAGGUUGCAGGGAAGAAGGUGCUGCUGCAAGGAACCUGGAGCUGUGGGCUGGGAUCUGACUGAACAGGUUAAGACAGCAAGGAGCAGCAUCCAAACCAAUGUGCCUUUGAUUAGGGCUUUUCUUCAAGGAGGGAAACGACUGCCGACUGGAUGUUGGUGUUUGUCAGCUGUUUGCAUACUGCUGAUCCAUAGGGGAUCUGUUACAAGUGCUCAAAUGAACAGACAGCGUUGCAGCUAGCGGCUAAUCAGGGGCUGGAGUUUCUUACUUUUUUUUUAAUAAGCAAGAGGCAACAGCAGCAUGCGUGGUUCAACUACUGCCCUCCGACAAGAGAGACUGAAGAAAGGUGCCAGGCCAAAUCCCCCAGGUUUAUUCACCAUUAAUGAAGAGGAUGAGCAGCAAAAAAAUGGGAAUUCCACAAGACUGAAAGCAACUGAAGGUUCUGAAACACAAGAUAAGAAAGUCGCUUCAGCACAAAGCAACGCUGGAACUAAACCAGAUCAUCCAACAAUACUAAAGGUUGAUGACAGGCAACGGCUUGCCAGAGAACGGAGAGAAGAGAGAGAAAAACAACUAGCUGCAAGAGAAUCUGUCUGGCUAGAAAGAGAAGAGAGAGCACGGCAACAUUAUGAAAAGCACCUAGAGGAACGCAGAAAGAAGCUAGAAGAGCAAAGACUAAAGGAAGAGAGGAGGCGAGCUGCCGUAGAGGAAAAGCGAAGGCAGAAACUUGAAGAAGAGAAGGAACGACAUGAAGCUGUUGUACGUCGCACAAUUGAAAGAAGCCAGAAGCCAAAACAAAGGCAAAACAGGUGGUCCUGGGGAGGAGCACUGCACAACCGCAUUAAUAACACAGAUCGAGACAGGCGGUCUGUUUCAACAAUGAACCUUUCGAAACAUGUUGAUCCAGUCAUAAACAAGCGGCUCUCCUCCUCAUCUGCAACAUUACUAAAUUCUCCAGACAGAGCUCGCCGUCUUCAGCUCAGUCCAUGGGAGAGCAGCAUCGUUAGCAGGCUCCUGACGCCCACACACUCAUUCCUGGCUCGGAGUAAAAGCACAGCUGCAUUGUCUGGAGAUGCAGUUAUCCCCGUUUGUCCCCGUUCAGCGUCUUGCAGCCCCCUCAGUCCUCUCUCCUACAAGACCCUGAGCUGUAGGAAUUCAGGAGAACGAGCAAAACUUUAUGCUUCCACUGAUGCCGUUGGACGUCGGAGAACACCGCACCUUGCAGGGACUGACAAAAGAGAAAAGGACCAUUUGUCAUCCAGCUUCUCAGCCAACUUUAAAGGAGGUCAUUUUACUUCCAGCCUCAAAGCUAGAUCAUCAGCUCCCUCUCCAGUUUGGCAUGCAUCAAAGUCUUUGCCUUUUUUGCCUGGCACACCCAAGCAGAUAACUUCCCCACCUGGUUCCUCCAAAGUUUCCUCUGCUCAGACACGUCCUCCCUCUCCUGGCAACAUCCGACCAGUCAAAAAAGAGAUCAAACCAGAAGGUGAGAAGAAAAGACCAGAAAAGGAGGCUGAAAAGGCCAAUGAGGUGAAAACAGAAGAGAGUAAAGGAAUUUCAGCAGGUGCUGGAGAAUCCACAAGUCAGGAACAGCUCACUGUCCAAGCAGAGCUAACUCAAGUUUCAGCAGCCAGCCCAACCCUGCCUCCUGCUCCAGCUGUUUCUCCAGCCCCAGCAGUGCCCAAGCCCUCUGCAGGUACAACUGACCCUGAAGAAGCCACAAGGCUGCUGACUGAAAAGAGGCGCCUUGCCUGUGAGCAGCGGGAACGGGAGGAGCAGGAAAGGAGGGAGAGAGAGGAGCUUGAAAGACAAAAGAAAGAGGAGUUGUCCCAGAGGAUAGCUGAAGAAAGAGCUCGCCGAGAAGAGGAGGAAGCUCGCAGACAAGAAGCAGAAAAACAAAGGAAGGAUGCAGAGGAACGGGAAAAGGAGGAACGGCUGCGCCGCCAGGCAGAAGAGAGAGAGCAGAAGGAGAAAGAAGAGAUGGAGCGCAUUCAGAAACAAAAAGAAGAGGAAGCUCGCCUGCGGGAAGAGGCUGAGAGGAUUCGAUUGGAACGUGAAAAGCAUUUCCAAAGAGAAGAGCAAGAGCGCUUGGAAAGGAAGAAGAGGCUUGAGGAGAUCAUGAAGAGAACUAGGCGUGUAGAAGCUGUAGAUAAGAAAUCCAAUGACCAGCAAAAUGGACAUAUAUCAAAGGCAAAUAUUACUGGAGAAGCAGUCCCAGGCAGUCCUGCCUCUCCCUCGGAGCCGGCAGCAGGGCCGCAGCACGCGGUGCCACCUCCGCACAACGGGACAGCGGCAGUGCCACCAUCACAUAACAACGGGACAGUGGCGGUGCCACCUCUGCACGGCGGGACAGCAGCAGUGCCACCUCUGCACGGCGGGACAGCGGCCGCCUGUGUGCGCACGGGGGCUGCACAGCAGCCCCCUGCAAAUGUGGACAGCAAUCUCAAUCCAGAGGAAAAUGCAAAUGAAAAUGGAAUGUCUAUGCAGAAUGAUAACUUUGAAGAGAUCAUGAACCUGCCUAUUGGUUCUAAACCAUCCCGGCUGGAUGCUAUGAACAAUGAUGGAAGCAACAGUCCCGAAAUUCCUUUGAAUCCAAUUCUAGCCUUUGAAGAUAAGGGCACUCUUUUGCCUCAGGUAGAUAGUGUUCAAACACAUCAAACAGCAGAAGUGAUCUGAUUGUUUCUUCUGGAGAACCAAAGGUGAUAUGAGCAUCUCUGCAGUCAGUGGAGUUUCUUCCAUGCUAUGAAGGAGUGUUUUAUUUUUUCUCUCCAGUUUUUUAAAGAUUUCUUGAAUAUCUUUUUUGGAAGGACUUUAGUAAAACCAGCAGAAGAAAUGAGGGGAAUAGACUUGGAUCACCAUUCUAAUAGCUUUCAUCACUAGAAAAAUCAUGCUUCACGUGCGUUACUUAAUAUGGCUAUUUCCAACAAGCUUUUUUUGUUAGUAAAUGAAUAUUUCUGCAUUCCUUAAGACACAAGACACUGGAAUCUGAAAGUAACGGGCUGAUUUGGGUGGUGGGACUGAUUAUUUUUGUUUUUAAAAAAGGUGGGUGUUGGUUUAAAAAGCAUAAUUGUAAAAUUGGCAAAGAAUCUUUUACACUUUAUGGUUCUAAUACUUGAAAAAUAAAUGCCUCAUUGCUCUACAAGUAGAGUUAAUGGGGUGUUUUAUUUAAACCUGUUGGUUUAAAUGUUAUUGCAGAGAACUCUAAUUAUGGGGGCGAACUAUAGGCUUCUGUAUCAGGUUCUUGUAAAUGUAAUUCCUACAGGGACAUUCUGUAAAUUGAGACGUCACUAUGAUCUUCUCACAUUUUCUCUAAAAACACAAAACAAGAAAGGUUUUAAAAUGUGAAAAUUUGAAAGCGUUAUUUUUUCAUUGACAAGAGGAUAACCUAUUGUUCUCCUAGAUUAUGUAUUUAUGAAUUUUGCUCAGUACAGAAAUAAACCAUUUGAUUGAAUAAAUUAGACGAAUGUGGUAAAAAAGAUACUGCAAACUUGAUUUUUUUAGUUACAUCCAUGUUCACAAUACUAUAAAAAAUGUGUAUGCAUAUGUGCACACACUUGUGCACACACCUACAAGGAAAUACCUUGUUCUGAGUCCUGUAAAUUGCUGCUGUUCCCAAUGAUGGAAGACUUCUCCUUUGCCUUAUCAAACUUUUGAAGACUGUGUAACCUGGGAUAUUUGAGUUUUGGAUGAUAAUGCAGGUUCAGGGAUUUUUGGGGUUUGCUCGUUUCAGAGCAAAUGGAAAAUGGUCAUUUGUGCUUUUUUAUGUAGUGUGUGGUUUUUAUAAAGCAGUGCAGUUUGAGUGAUAAGAGGAGUGAUGCAGGUUGCUUUCUCUUUAGUUUGAUGCUGAUUUCUACUGUCAUUCAUUGUUCCAUCCCACAGUUUUGGUUGCUGUUGUGCAGAACUGUAAAAUCUUGCACGUUUUUGUGCUUUGCUAAACGAUGCUGUUGGAGGCAGAGCUUGCUCGGGGUGUUUGAGUUUGCCAAAGGCUUGAGACAUUGCUCUCUGAAUCGGUGAGAAGAUCCUUGGGUAGGGGAAAUGGAGGUUCAUGGGCUCUCAGCUCCUGCUAACAGAGAAUUUACCAUUAAGAUUCCUGCACUUGCCUCUAGUGAGCACUGAGCAAGGCCUCUAGGAAGCUGUGCAGAAAGUUUGUGCUAGCAGAAGAAAUCCUCUGAGACAAAAGCCGAAGAAUUUCUGAAGAAAUUUCUGCUGCUGCCGAGUGUUCGUCUUAUAGAGGAGAUGGGACAAAAGCAAUGGAAAUCAAAUGAAAGAGACUUCAUCUGCCAGAAUAUUUAUGGAAGGGAAAAAACAGCCAUUCAGUCAGAGUGCUUUCAAUAGUAACUUGUGACACAGUAAAAUGAAUUGGGUUCUUUUUUUGCUUUCUUUAGUUUUCCAUGUACAUAGCCACAAUAUUUUGAAGUGUCCAAAAUAUGUAGUUUUUCUUUAAAACUAUAUAUAGCAUGUAAGUACCAAAUAAAACUUGUUUGAAAUAUU